AUGAACAGCCGCCUGCAGGAGAUCCGGGAGCGGCAGAAGCUCCCGCAGCUCCUGGCGCAGCAGCUAGGGGCCGAGAACGCGGACAGCAUCGGCGCCGUGCUCAACAGCAAGGAGGAGCAGCGGGAGAUCGCCGAGACCCGGGAGACGUGUCGGGCUGCUUAUGAUACUUCUGCACCAAACGCAAAACGUAAAUAUCCAGAUGAGGGAGAAGCAGAUGAGGAAGAGAUUGAAGAAUAUAAGGAUGAAGUAGAGCUGCAGCAAGAUGAAGAGAACCUGCCCUAUGAAGAAGAGAUUUACAAAGAUUCCAGUACCUUUCUUAAGGGCACUCAGAGCUUAAAUCCACACAACGAUUACUGCCAGCACUUUGUGGAUACAGGCCACAGACCUCAGAACUUCAUCAGAGAUGUUGGCUUAGCAGAUAGGUUUGAAGAAUAUCCAAAACUUAGAGAGCUCAUCAGAUUGAAGGAUGAGCUGAUAUCUAAAUCUAACACUCCUCCCAUGUAUUUACAAGCAGACUUGGAAGCAUUUGAUAUUAGGGAACUGAAGUCCAAAUUUGAUGUGAUUCUCCUGGAACCACCACUGGAAGAAUACUACCGGGAGACUGGCAUUACUGCCAAUGAAAAAUGCUGGACCUGGGAUGAUAUCAUGAAAUUGGAAAUUGAAGAAAUUGCAGCCCCAAGGUCAUUUGUGUUUCUGUGGUGCGGGUCAGGCGAGGGUCUGGAUCUCGGCCGAGUGUGUCUACGCAAAUGGGGUUACAGAAGAUGUGAGGACAUUUGCUGGAUUAAAACAAAUAAGAACAAUCCUGGAAAGACCAAGACUCUAGACCCUAAGGCUGUUUUCCAAAGAACCAAGGAGCACUGCCUCAUGGGCAUCAAGGGCACCGUGCGCCGCAGCACAGACGGGGACUUCAUCCACGCCAACGUCGACAUCGACCUCAUCAUCACUGAGGAGCCGGAAAUCGGCAACAUAGAAAAACCUGUGGAGAUUUUUCACAUUAUUGAGCAUUUCUGCCUUGGACGACGGCGGCUUCACCUUUUUGGAAGGGACAGUACAAUCCGACCAGGUUGGCUGACAGUGGGACCCACCCUCACCAACAGCAACUUCAAUGCAGAGACAUAUUCCUCGUACUUCACGGCUCCCAACUCCCACCUGACGGGCUGCACCGAGGAGAUCGAGCGGCUGCGGCCCAAGUCGCCGCCGCCCAAGUCCAAGUCUGACCGGGGCGGGGGUGCUCCCAGGGGAGGAGGCCGAGGAGGGACUGCGGCCGGCCGGGGGGAGAGGGGCAGAGAGAGGAACAGAACGAACUUCCGGGGUGAGCGGGGGGGCUUCCGAGGGGGCCGGGGAGGGACCCACCGAGGGGGCUUCCCCACCCGCUGAGGAGGGAAUGGCUUCUUGCCUCGUCCUAUGCCCCAUCUCUGAAUCUCUUUCUUAGUCUUGUUUUUCCUGACAUGAAUUCCUCUGGAGUCUCAAGCCAGAUGACUUGUGAAAUUGGUUUUGGUGAAGCUGUUCUAGUCUUCCUGGGCUGGCACAGCCCCAGCCCUGGCUGGCAGCUCCUGCAAUGGCAGCACUGAACUCACAGCAGAGAGCACCAUCCCUUCACACACCAUGGGAAGGAGGGAAGGGAAGGUACUUGCUCUACUCAUAGGAAACUUGGGGUGGGGGCUUUCUUUUCAGCUGUCAUUUUCUCCAAAACACGGAUUCCUCUUCCUUAUUUGGAGGUUUGGGCUUGGACUGAUCUGGAUUAAUAUUGUGGAAUGGGCAUGAAAUGCAGUUCUGACUUGCAUACUGUCUUUUGGAAGAAAAAAUGCUGUGUCUGUAUUGACACCUAUUUUAACUUCUCUGAAACCAAGGAGCAAAUGGAAUAAAUAGAAUUCUAUUUUUUCUUAUUUGGUUUAAAUUUCCCAAAUUAUUCCUGGGAAUAGGGAACAAUUUUUAAUUUGUGGUGUAUGUGCAUUCACUUUUCAUUGGGGAGAGUGGUAAUUCUGUGCAGUAAUGUGUUGUGCUUCAUGGAAAGCACCAAGCUGUGCAUUUGUGUGCAGUCCAGAACUUCUGCAAGGUCUGGAUUGCUCCUGGAGCAGGGAUUUACACCCACUGUGUGUUUGUAACACUUUGUUCUUUGGGAGGUAAGACAAGUGUCACUGCAGAGGAAUCGGUGACCUUGUUGGAGGGCGGGUUGGAAAUGCAUGUGUGCAGUUCCUGAAGCUUGUGGCCUGGGAACAGGGUAAUGAAACCAAGUGUUUGGCUUUGCCUGUGGGAGUUGCACACGUUUGGAAAUAUUGGCUAUUGCUGAUGGGCUCCAGUGCAGUGUGGACAGAGAGUGACUCACUUUGUACGAUGUUUUUAGCAGAACCACAGCUCUGAGCUUCAUGGUCAGUACUUGGCAGGCUGAACAAACUUGGCUGUUGGUGUCUCAAGGUCAGAGCUGUGGGUCUUUGAUUUUAAAUAGCUGUCCUGUAAAGUAGCAGAUUAUUAAACGUGUUUAUCAAA